UACAAAAUGUACAUCGCGAAUGGCAGUUGGAGUGGUCGGUAGUUACGGGUAGAGCGCAAUACACGUCAAGCUCUUAUUUUGAUUCGUGGAGGAGGCUCACCACGAAGAAACAGUGGCCGAGUCCGGAGGAUUUCCCAGGAUAUAGCUCGCCGCACAUACAGAUUAAACAUGAUACACGCUGAGAAUGGGGACAUCGUGUAUUUGGACCAGUUAAAAGGCCCGACGGAGAGUGACGGGACGGAGAAGGCGAUGUCAAAAAAGUGCGAGGGGCAGCUGUCUUCGGUAAAGGCAAACAGCUGUUCCUCGUCCUACAAAGGUGCAAAUCGUACGACAGAAAUGGCGCAAGAGGACAAUAAUCUGUGCUGGAACAACCUGCCCAGCAUCAUACUACAGGAAAUAUUCUCAUAUUUGCCCUACGACUGCCGGUUGAGAGCCUCCCAGGUAUGUAGAAAUUGGAGGUAUGCUUUCUUUCAUCCUCACUUUUGGAAAAAGAUCACAUUCUAUCUACGUGAUGAAGACAGUGUAGCAUGGACUCGAUGCUUGGCAGAUAGUUUUGGACUCAGCGUGCAAGAAGUUACAAUCAUGUGUGGUACACCAAAUUAUUGUGCGGAAGAAAUAUUAGCUCUCUUGGAAAAGUUGGAAUACAAUAGGCAACUUCGUAAAUUGUUCUUGGAAUCUAGCAGUAGUAAUUUUGAAUAUGAAGACAGUGAAAAAUACACGGGAGCAUUGGUAUCGUCUAUUAUAAAAGUUAUUAACACAACCGAUCAUUUGGAAGCCCUUAGCUUGGGAUGCAUAGAAGAUCUAGCAACCAGUGCCAAUCUCAUUCUUCUACACUUGCAUAAACGCCACGCCAAGCACUUGACAACACUCAGUUUGGCAUCAGUUAGGGAUGAUCCAGAUGAUCAUAAUUUCUUCAAAUUUGGUUGCGAGGAUAUGUUCAACUCGUUUACCAGAUUAUCUCUUUUAACGAUUGAUUACGAAUUCGUAAGUGAUUCUCUGCUAAAAGCAUUGGACAGCGGUACCUUGGAAAGGCUUGUGAUUCAUGUGCAUGGUUGGUACGAUCAGCAUGUAGGAACAACUGACGGUGCUUGGCGAACAUUUGUCCAGAAGAAUCCGAAAUGCGAGUUACGACUAACUCUUAUACACUCUUACGUCGGCGUUGAAAUUAUAGAUACACAUAUAUUUUGCCCUUCCAUGCCUCUUACACAUCUAAAAGUAUUAUUCUGUGAGAACGUUAAUAUCGGAGCGUUGCAUCGGUUACCCAUUUGGUAUUCACAUUGUUUAAAAUCUGUAAUUUGGAUCGAUUCGAUGGACCCGUUAACGAGAAUUAUUCCGGACGAACCAAAUCAUCACAGCCCUGAUCCGUUAAUAUUGAUUGCGUGGAAGUGCACCAAACUUGUGGAGAUUGUAUAUCUAGGCCACAAAUAUCAAGAAGAGAACUUAUUAGCCAUAGCACGCCUACGUGGAAACUCGCUUAAGUCGUUAGUGUUCGCGCAAAGAUUCAUUGUGUCUGAUAGUGAAUCUUGGCAUAAGGCUGAAAGCAUCACACACGAGAUACAAGAAAUAAUGGGACGCCGAUGGAAACCACUAAGCGAUGCGGAGUUGCCUGCAGUUGUGAAAGAUCCCUUUGGCGGUGACAGCAGAGAAGUGAUCAUGCCGUUGGUCCUCCGCGACCAAAAGUAAUUUUUCACUAUGUCAAGGAAAGAUCGCUCUACCAACACCGUACUUUACCGAUUGACAUCAUCAACAGUUGCUGGGCGAGCUACAUUCUCAGAAGUAAAGUUAUAAAGUUAUAUUCUUUAUUUUUCUAUAAGAAUUGUUUUUAUGAAAACACAACACGGCUGGAACAUCAUACAGCGGACGAGUGUUAAAUUCGUAGCUUUGAAGUCAUUAAUUGAGAGAUGCCUGUUAGGUAAGAAUCACACAGUUCUCGUGUGUAAAGAAACAACACCGAAGGUAUAAAACGCACACAACGUUCUCCUUUACGAUAAUUUUUGUCGGUUUUCACGAGAACAUGUCAUGCCAUAGAUAACCACUGUCUUUCUUGAGUCCGUGAUCUGAUACCCAAGUUGAGUAAGAAACACCUGUGUUUUUGAUUAUUGAAAGGGGGAAUAUAUAGAUUUUUUUUGUUGGUUUUUUGGAUGAAAAACCAUCCGUGACACGGUCACGUGUUACCGCUAACAUUGGUGGUCUCGAAAACGAGAAACGAUCAAAAUAAGAGCAAUAUAGAAACCCGUGAUCGUUCCCUCUCAUCGACGGAAAGAGAAAGAAGAAGAGUGUAUAAUAUAUGAAUAUAACAAUAUUCUUGAUAGACAAGAAUGGAGCAUUAGAAGACGAUCGGGGUCACACUAAAGCGGACCUUCAACGUGACAUUAUGUCGAUAUUACAAGAAAGCUGGUUUCUAAGGAUGUAUAAGCGGUACACUGGUACGAAUGAGAGGCCGAUCAUCGCACGAAACGCAAGAGUUAGCGAGCGAAGAAAGAAAGAGAGGAAGAGGAAUGACACUCAAAAGAGAGAAAGGGCCACUCUCACGAUGUUCCACUGGAAAGCGUAACGAAAAUUCCAAAUGUAUGUAAGUAGAAAAAUCUGUUAACAGAUAUUUUUCCAAUUGUAUGGAAAAUUUAGAUCGAGGCGAGCGCCAAGAGCAUGCAAUGUGAGAAAAGAAGAACGCUGAGAUACGCUUCGUGAAAGAGAGUUCGCGGUCGAGUUGCACAAAUAAUAAAGAAAGCGUAAAAGUGAUGCACUCACAAGUAAGAACUCGAAACAGCGUUCCGAGGUUAUUUUUAAUACCAAAACCAAUCGGACGCUUUUGUAUAAAAUACUAAAUCAACGUGUGCUGAGAAGAGUGCGGUCGAUGCGGUGGUACGUAAUGUAGUUGAACAGACACGCAUCAAAACACGCAUGAUUUUGUGUCGUGUUGUUAGACAUAAACUAGAAAAAGGGGCAUCGAUGUUAAAUGUUUUUUGUGAGUACCGUCUCCUCACCGUGCUCUUAGCGACCGCUGAAAACGAACACAAUUAUAGAUAAUCUAUAAAAACAAAUCAGAGGAAUUAGUAGCUAAUCGUGUAUGUGUAUAUGUAUGUAAUAUCUGUAUUAUCUAUCGAACUUUAAACGUUAAUAUCCGGAUGCCGGAUGCAUCUAUUUCUGUCGUGCGAUUAAAAUGACGAUUUCGAAAACGUUUAAACUGAUUAAAAAAAAAUGAAAAAAAAAUGAAAAAGAAUGGAAACGAUCUACAACGCAAAGAAAAAUACCAAAACAGUAACAACAAAACAACAGUCUAUUAUUCUGAAAGAUUAUUUACGUUUUUUCGAGCCCUUGUAUAAUUAUUAUAUCGUCGUGUAUAUCGUACUUGUAGUCAACGUAUACCAUUGUUUUUUAUAUGUGGUUCUGUACAUAUAUAAUCAUGCGUUUGAAAAAUAUUUGGACACGCGCAAAAAAUUGCGGAGUUGCGCCCGAAUUUAAAUGAAGAGGAAGGAAACGAGAGAAAGGAAGAUUUAAGAACAAUGUAUAACUGUUUAUUCAAGAGACAAAAUAAGGAAAGCAAUGGUCCGAUUGUGAGCUAGGCACAAAAUACGAGGAGAACACAUCUUUAAACGAUUUAAAAAAAGAAAAAGAAAAAACACUGUUAUACAAGAUGAACGGGCCUUAACAAGUACCUGAGUCGCGGUAAGAAUAAAUUUGCCGAAAGAAAUCUGACACGCGACAGCCACCAGUUUAAAGAAAAUAAUCGUAGACACCUUAAUUGACAUUUUUUCGGCGAUUCGCUUCGGGAACACCUACAUGUUUCACGCGAAAAAAUGACCGACAGUUAAGGUAUGCUCGUGCCCUUUCAUUUCGUAUUCCGUGCGCGCGUAUUUUUUUAGGUCAGCAAAUUCUUUACAAAACGGAUCCGACGGUUAUUCGUUGCUACAUAUAAAGAAAACGAGGAAAACAAAUAUGCGAACACUUAUUUGUUCGCCGACCAACUGAUGCUGUGCGAACGGGCCAGAUGUUAUUUAUCAAGUUUAUUUUCUUUUUUCUUUUUUUAAAAAUCUCUCCUCGUCUAUUUUUUUGUCGUUUUUAUUAUUAUUUUUUUAAAUCGAAUGAAGUCCCGCAUUAAAAAAAUAACAGUAUACUCGCGGGCGCACGGUGCCCGGCGUGUGAGUCUUGAGAGAGCGAGAGAGAGAGAGAGCAAGAGAACAAGAGCGAACAGUAUGAAAGAACGUGUAAUAUGAUCGUUGCGAGAUGAUGAUAAAACGUAUGAAAGAGAAACGGGGAUUAAAAUGAAAGAUGCGUGAGAACGAGAAUAAUAUCCAAACAAGUUGAAUAGCAACAAAACAGACAAAAUGUCAGGUGAUACGUAGUAACCAUCUCUGCGAAGUCCUGUGUACAAAGUCGCGCGUAGAAAAUGAAAAACUAAUAAUUAAAAAGAAAAAGGACGCGUGCGGUCGCUUAACCCAACGGACACAAGCCCAAUUACCAAGCAUUAUAUGUAUAUCGAUUAUAAAUCGCUUGAACGACAAACCAAGCAUAAGACUGAACCUACCGAUAAAGGUAUUAUAGCCAACAGUUAGGCGGUCCGCACGUUUCGCCGUGUCCGACCUCUCAUAUUCAUAAAAACAAGGACGACACCGACUAAACGGAAAGCAUCGUUCGCGAAUCGCAUCUUUUAACGAAUUGUUCACAUCGAUGUUGCUAAUUGUACCUACAUACAUACAUACCAUAUGUAUAAUCGCUUGUCUCGAAUGUUGUAUCCUUUUCGAUGGUCUUCGCUUUCCGUCUUAGAUCGCGGCCCUCGUCGAUUCGCCCCUGAUUGAUGCCACGCGAACACCGAAUUUAUGAAUAUGCGAGUCGCUUAGAGAACAAAAACAAAUUAAUAAGGGAUGGUGCACCAGCUAGCGUUUAGAUGGGAUAAGCGCCCCGUGAAGAGAAACCGUAGAAAAAAGAUAAAACGAAAAAAAAAGAAAAAACGAGAAAGCUCACUCGACUCGGAGGUUCUCGUUAGCCGAUAAAAUACUAAUCUUUAAGACAGCCUGCCAAGAAUCAAAAUGACUGUAAGUAAAAUAUCAAACGAACGCUAGCCAGUACAGAAUGUUAAGAUCUAUUUUUUAAGAAGCGAAUGUAUAUUUUUGUACUAAGGCAGGCCUUAGUGUGAACCGUGUAUUCUUGCGCGUAAAUGGCAAGAUCGAGAGCUGUGAUCAUAAUAUCGUUUCGGCUUAGCGAGAGAAACAUACGAAGAGGGACGAAGUUAUAGAGAAAUGAUGAACGGGAAGAGCAUAGGGAGCGAUGACAAGGCGAAUAAUUUCGCUGAUAAUUAAUACCGAGUGGGCUACGCAUAUAAAUAAGGGGUGGCGUUAAAAUCGAGAGGACAAAACAUCUGUGAUAAAAUAUAAAAUCUUAGAAAGGGUGCUCGAGGGAAGGUGGCGAGAGAGUAGGAAACAAGCGUGCGUUAAGGAGAAAUACAAAUACAUACAUAGGAUGUUAAAGAAAUAACAAAAGGGGGGUUACAGUUAAUAGAAGGAAGACGAGAACCUGCGUGUAUCAGGAAAACUAUGCGAGACAUGCAAUUCCUACAACAAAUGAAGAAAACAAACUGUUUAGAAGUGCUUUUGGAAGAUCUGUUGUGCGAAAACGUUCGUCGCGUGUAUGACUAUUAAUUGACAGGUGGGAACUGUCCUUCGACGAGAUAGCCCGGUCUAACUAUUGCAGUGGUUACCGUCUUGACGUAUUCCAUGUAGUUUCAAAAUACUUCGCUUGGGUCUAGAUAAACAUAUGACCAAGGGAAACACAUACAUAACUGUCUUCAACGACGGGGUUCUUCGAGAGUUUGCGUUCCUUCGAAUAAUCGGAAAGCUGUAACAUAGUGAACUAGAACGUUACUUAAGCCAACCCGACAUUCCACUCGAGAAGCUGCGAGAAAAUAAUAAUUACAUGGUACCGUAACAGAUUACGUGUAUAGUUAAUUUAGUAUCUUGAAGCAAGGGAUAGCCGUUGUCUAAUUGGUUCUCCAGCUUGUAAAAUCUGGCAGAGACCUGGCGGUAGUGUUACAAGAGACAGAUCUAACGAUCUAUCCAAUCUACACGUAUGUACGUGCAUUUCCAUCAAACAUAUUCGAAAUUACGCAAAAGAGAUUGUAUGGAAAUCGUAAGAACCCCUGGCUUCGUUGGACCAACGCGACCCUCGGGAUUAAAGUCAGGACGUUGUUUCGCCACGAGUAGUAUUAUAAGUUCCUAAACGAGAGAAGAAAGAAAUAUUUUACAGCGGUGAUAGAACGGAGCCGGCAUUACGAAUAAACCACUCACACGAACAAGAGAAGCAUUCAGUUCGAUGUAGUUCGUUCGUUGAUUCGUUCUGUUUCAUGGGAUUGCAAAACGCUUUUCAGAUACAGCACCAGCAAUGUUUUUUUCGUGCAUAUACAUAUAUCUAUCUAUCUAUAUCUGUAUAUAUAUACAUAUACAUAAUAUACUUUACAAGUAUAUAAUCCAUUCCAAUCGAAAAGGAUGAAACGUGGCGGCAUGAAAACGCGAAUUGGAGAGGAUGGUUCCGCGAAAUUUCGUGGAAUCGUGAAAGAAACUGAGCAUUGCGGGUAUGGGAAUCGUUCAGACGCGUAUUGUAGAUAGAAACGAUGAACGAAAACGCGACAGUCUCGAUCGGAAGGUCUGAAAUGCGGGUUGAAUAAUUUAUAUAAAGUUGAUAUGUAUGUUCUCGAUUAUUUUAGUACCUUCGUGUAUUUAACUGAAAGGAGUAAAGAAACCAUUCGACAGGUUCAUUUAUGAGACCGCGCUGUCCAACAAUCGACGGACAAUACGAACGAAAGGUAGAAGAAGUGCGUAUUCCGAAGGGUAUUUACCAAAACUGCGUUAGAUAAUGUAUAUAAGUUUAAGAGCAGAGAUAGCAAACGCGAGCAAGCUAUUUUUUAUCGUCGAAACGCAAGAUGAUACCUGAUAUCUUCCACAUGAACAAAAACGGAAAGCAUUCGCGAAGAACAAAAAAAAAUAAAUAAUAAAAUGAAACAUGACCGGGCCCAAAAUGGAUGUCUUAUAGUGUUUAAUAUUCGUUCACGGUUUAAGCGGAAGUCCUAGCUCUAGAGACGCGUGUGCGUUCGUGUAUAAUAUACCAAAAGACAAAGAACCAGCGUACGGUCACAGACUUUUAGUCAUGGGCAUCGUUGUUUGUUGAAUCGGAAUUUUUCGAAAACUUCGAUCAAUGUUAAACGGUCGUAUCUCAUGCCGAAGGACGAUUAGAUUUCCACGUUCUCGGAUGCAGGACCGUUUUUCCCGGUUGAGGAUUGAAAUCGUAACAACGAUUAGUGAGUCACGAUCAACAAUAUUCCAAUGGAAUGCGCGCGGAAGAUUCUCCGCCGAUGGGAUAACGUUAUCUCGACGCGUUCGACAUGUUAUUACCGCGUAACGCUCGGAGAAUUUUUCAGUGAAGUAUCAAAUUAUCGCCUCGCGUCGUGUAAUGCAUUUCUCCGACGCUGUCGUUCAACUUCGGACGUAUUAUUCCAAGGGAAAAAAUAAAUCGGUUGAGGUCGUUUCGUGUUAACGAACCAGCGUCAUAAUGCUUUUCAAACAGGUAUACUCAAACGGUUUCGUUCUUGCGAACUAGCUUGCUCCUCGGUAUAUACAUACGUAUGUAUAUCGCGUCAGUGUUCCAUGUUUUAAGGAGACGAAGCAUAGUUUAAUCGUGUACUAUAAAGUAGCGCUUAGUUUUUAUCUCCGUUGGAUAGACAACUCGAGAUACCCCUCGUGCAAUAUUCGCGUCGAUGAAAAAUCUGCAUUUCUGACGGACUUGUUUCUCUGUUCUACGGUAAUACUUAAUUUCACCAUCCCGCAUAGGAUAGUAAAUAAAUUAUACUCGCUUUCGUCGUGUUUCGCGUGCCAGUAUAAUUUUAAUAAUUCUUCCUCGCGGCACGCGCUUAACGCACGUGUGCUGUUCGAUUCCGUUGUGGUUAAAUAUUUUAAUCGCGUCGCGCGCCGCUGUGGUUUUCUAACAGUGCAAUACGUACACGGUCCGUUGUGCAAUUGCGAGCACGUUCAUCGCAUGCCAGUUUACCAGUGUUAAGUCGCGGACUCUGUUCUUGACAAAUAAUAGGGGAACAGCCCGAAAUACGUAAACACACAAUGGUUACCAUGAUUGAUAAAAGUCUCUGUCACACGUUAUGCACACACUUUUUUAGUCGUCGUAGGCACAACGUGUUUCAAAAACCCAUUAGUGCACUUCGAAGUUUCUCUCUUAGCACGACACACUAUGAUAAAUAACAGGGGAACGAACACGUGUAUAACAGAAGAGAUGAACAACAAUGCACGUGGAAAAACGAUAACAGUUCUUCGAGAAUCUCGGCUUUCAUCCCAGCCGAUCUCGACUUUUCAAAGAUGAACGUUCAUAUAUGUAUACGUAUAGUUACAACGUACAUACGUACAUCUGUAUAGGUGAAUAGUGUUUCGAUGGAUUUUGCAUUUAAUAAGCGAGGACUCGAUGUUGCAACGCGUUAGGGGGACGAGUACAUCAAUGUCUUUUUUUCGUUUUUCGAAAAAAGCGAUGUCCAGUGUCUACGUGCAUCUGUUCGAUGAUUUUCUUUUAGAAUCUCAAUGCCGAUAAAGAAAAAGGAAACGCCACACGCGCGUGGUACAGUCGUCUGUUUCUUCUCUGGGUAUAUUUUUAACUUUCCGUUGAAACUCGUCGUUUUUCUAAAUGACAUCAGUUUUCCUAACGACUAUCUUUUUUGUGAUAUCAAUUUAAGAUCGAAUCUAGGUAAUGUUUAGGAAAUUCAUAGAGUGUGACAACGUGUGAUCCCCGGACAGUGAGCUAAACGCGACGCGAAACAAACGCUUAAAUUCGCGCUGACGCGAAAAUCCAGGAAGGCUUAAAGCGCAAAGGACCGAGGAUUUGGGGAAUGAAAAACGAAGAAAGUCAUUUAUUGUGCUUGCGAUUCGUCGCGAGUUCUCGUCUAAAAAAGAACCAAUCAUCGCGUAAAAGAAAUAUGUAUCUCUUCGUAUUAAUAUAUACAUACUUAUACCGCGUUGUUUUUCCAAGUUAUUGUACUUGACGUCGACAAAGCUUAACGAACGGUAUGUAAUAUGCGUGCGUGCGUGUGUGAAUAGAUUCUCUCAGUUCUUGAGGGAAUGUUAAUCAUAUUUUAUUCGGUUGAUCGAUUGUAGAAUCGAUUUUGCGAGAUCGGAACCGUCGCAAACGUCGAUGUUUCUCUGUGAUCGAAAAGAUAUUUGAAUGAAUUUAAAAUCCUAAAGGAUUGUUCCAUCGCGUUCUGUUUUAAUGCUCAGAGAGCUGACAUCGUACAGCAACAAGCGUUAUUCGCUUAUGGCAGAAUACUCGCAACCAAUGCGUCGAACCAAUUAUGGAUGGAUUUUAAGUGCUACGCGCGGAGGGAAAUCCAGUAAACGUAUUUCUCGAUAUUCCUCGAGCUUGUUGGGCGUUUCCUAAUGUAAUUGCGAACCGUUGCGAGACCGCUCGUUUUGGCAGCGAGAGAGCUUAAUGGAACGCCGCGUGAAAAGUGAAUCGAAUGCCGGAAAAAGAGAAAAGCGUGUAUAAGACUCGAAAUCGAUCUCAAUCUAGCCAAGCGGAUUUUCGAUUCGGCCAGUUCGUUGAACCCCGAUUCGAUGCGUUAUUACUCACCGGGACGGUUGCAACAUUUUAUCGCUGACGUUGCGUAAGGAACAAAAAUUUACUGCCUUCGAUCUUUCACGGUCCAAUAUUCCCGUUUUUGACACGCGAUAACUCGUUUUCGUUGGAUUUCGUAUGAAAAAAGAAAAAACAAGUAAACAGGACUGUCUCAUGUGUUUCGGUUACUUUUGCGAGAAGAUAACAUCGUCAAGAGUCACCUGUUUCACAGAGGACCGUAAGUCGAUCACAACGUAUCUAUCGAAUUUCUAUGAGAAUUAAUGAACUCUUUUUACUUACUUGAGUAAUUCUAGUGUUAAUACGGAGUCAUUACGAUUUAUCGAUGCGUGCAUAUCUACGUGUUAUGUGUGCGCCAGGAAUGUUCGCGAAGCCGACUGUACACCCGUCGGUGAUUCAACGUGGUACCUGAUUUUAAGACAUUCUCUUCUUCGUGCGAUCGGCUCGGUGGCAGACUGGAAUUAAUGGACAACGGAAAGAUCGACACACGUUUCAAUAUGUAUAUAGCUAAACGGAUAUUAAAAUGCACGCGCACGCACGUAUUUUGCGAACGUAAACUAUGUUCAAUGUAUUAUCUGUUUCGCCAUCAGUUUCGGUGAAAUUUCCAAGUAGGUGCACAUGAACACGCGGGCAUCCGGAACAAUCAGAUUUAACUGUACUUAGAAGUUUACGCUCAUGUGCAGCCUUCUUUCUUUUCAAGAAGCAAAUAUCAUUUAUUUGGAGAAGUAUACAAACGUAUGUGUUAGAUAAGUGAAAACUAUUUAUUUUUGGAGAAAUAUAUUUCAUUGUUAUUAGUGUUCUUGAAUUUUAUCAUUUUUUUAUUAGAUUUUUUGAAGCUGAUAGGAAGGUAAAUUGUUGGUUGCCCGUGUGUAUGCUCGACUCCCUUUGUGAGCGAUGUAGAACGAUUAUGUCCACGCGGAUAGCAAGCGUAUGGUACGUUCCUUUUAAAACUACGAUUUUUCCGAUCUGCUUGCAACCUAUUGCGGCGAGACACGUGUAUUUAUAAAUUAUCUUGUCUACUACGCCUGUUGUAUUUUACGGCCAAUUACGACGCCGGCUUUUCCCAUCGUUCGCGACAGGACUUCCUGUCCAGUAAUAUUUUCAAUCCAAAGAAGUAAGAUUCGGAGAAAUACAAAUUGUACUUGGAAGAUCGGGGACCGGAAACGAAUUGUGGGAACGUCACGUCGCGAACGAUGGGAAUCGAUUAUUGUAACGUAGCUAUAUCGUAAUUGUCUACAAUUGUUAUACGAUUCUCCGAUUCUGUUAUUACUCGUGAUUUUUUUCUUUUGUAUAUAGACAAACGUAACCCCCGGACGAGCAUUUGUGACAUGCAAAAUCGUUGACACAUUGUCAAAGAGUGUAAAAAGAAAAAUGAGAAUCAGUAUUCUUUGAACUCCAACAUCCCGUAGAAUUGUACGCCGGUCUAUGAUUUUUACACUACUUCUUCGAUUAUAGAAAUCAAAUGUUUUCGCAAAUAUCAAUUUUUAAAAAUGUAUCAAUCAAUUAAUAAAUUGUGCAUGGCAUAAACAGGA